AUGUCUCUCGCACCUCUGCCUUUGCCUUGGCUUGGACACUCAACCUGUGAAGAGAAAGUCUUUGUUUUCAGAGAGCUGCCAGGUUUGGCCAAGAACUAUGUUAUGCGGAUGCUGCUUUUAGAACAGCCUCUUCCUCAGGCCGCUGUGGCAUCAUGGGUAAAGAAGGAAUACACUAAGGAACAGGAAGAGAGCUCAGAUAUCUUGCUGGGUCUGCGGCUGUGGCACAAGCAGUUGCUUCCAGGGGGUCUCCAAGGAAUCGUCUUGAACCCUAUAUUCAAGGAAAACUUGCGCAUUGCCCUGAUGGGAGGUGGUAAGCCGUGGUCUGAUGACACUAGCCAAUUAGGACCAGACAAGCAUGCCCGGGAUGUUCCAUCUCUAGACAAAUAUGCUGAGGAAAGGUGGGAGGUGAGCUUUGUGUGGAUCUUUCUCCCAUUGCCCAUCCUUCUUUCCUUUCAGAGGAAAUCCAGACGUUACUACCCAACUCGCCUAGCAAUCAACCUUUCCUCUGGCAUUUCGGGCACUACCACAAAUACUCGUAACCAGGGCUUUAUCGUUGUGGAGACAAACUACAGGAUCUAUGCAUAUACAGAUUCUGAGCUGCAGAUUGCACUCAUUGCCCUCUUCUCUGAGAUGCUGUAUCGCUUUCCAAAUUUAGUGGUGGCUCAAGUCACCCGGGAGAGUGUGCAACAGGCCAUUGCCAAUGGCAUUACAGCAGAUCAGAUCAUUCACUUCCUGCGUACUAGAGCUCACCCUGUGAUGCUGAAACAGGUAAGAAAAUGAUUGCCGUGGUCAAGU